CAGAUGGGUAGUGUGUGGGCAGAGAGAAGUAAUCUGAGGUAUGGUGGCUCGUUUGGGGAGGAGGCGGGCUCCCUGCUUUAGUGAGGGUAAGGUGUGUCUGUGUGUGUCAUCAGUACCUUUGCUUACUGGUAGGGUCCCCAAGAUGCCUGGAAUGGUGAUAUUUGGGAGACGCUGGGCUAUCGCUAGUGAUGACUUUGUUUUUCCAGGAGCCUUUGAACUUUUCAUCAGAAUGAUCUGGUGGAUUGGAAUUCUUGUUUUGUACUCCAUUCACAAAGGGAGAUUUAAUUGUACUGGAGGGGGAUUAUUGCACAGCUAUCUGCUUGUCCUCCUCAUUCUCCUGGCUGCCAUAAUAUGCGCUGUAUCUGCUAUUGUGUAUAUCAGUAUGCAAGGAACAAUUUCUAACCCUGGGCCAAGGAAAUCUCUUCCUAAAUUGCUUUAUACUCGGCUAGGUCUUUAUAUCCCAGAAUUGGUCUGGGCAGUUGUGGGAGCUAUCUGGGUCUCUGACACCGAUGUACGUUGUGAAAGGACUGUGGUAAAUGCCGUAUUUGGGACAGUUGUUGCAAGCUGGGUUAUCAUCAUCUUUACCGUCAUUGCAGUUGUAAUUGUCUUUGAUCCACUUGGGGGGAAAAAGACACUGUACCUGGCUGAUGAUAUAAAUCGCAACUUGGAAAGCAGUCAAUCAGGCCAAUUGUUUUAUAAUGUCAAGAAGACCGCAACCAGAGUCUGGGAGACGAGAAUCAGGUUACUGUGUUGUUGUAUUAUGCAAGAUGAUGAUCACCGAGUGGCUUUUACAAGUAUUGCAGAGCUUUUCCGCAUCUACUUCUCAGACACUGAUAUGGUGCCAACUGACAUAGCAGCAGGCUUGACUCUGCUCCAUCAAGAGCAAGAUAAAGUGGAAAACUGCCCAAAAGACCCUGAAGAAGUCCUGUGUCAUUCCUCACUAUCCCAUGUGACUGAUGAUUUGGAUAUUGAAUUAGAAAAUGCUGCUCACUACAUGCAGUUUGCUGCAGCUGCUUAUGGAUGGCCUUACUACAUAUACACUAACCCAUUUACUGCACUCUGUAAGCUUAAUGGUGACUGUUGCAGAAACAGCCCAACGGAUUCUGAUAUGGUUGGCAGUGAUCGUCUUAACUUUCACUUUGGAUCCAUCCUAAAAAUAACAGGGCUACAGUACAGAGAUUUCGUUCAUAUCAGCUUUCAUAACAAGAUUUUCGAGAUCCCAUUUUUUGUUGCUUUGGAUCACAAAAAGGAGGCUAUUGUGGUUGCAGUGAGAGGAACCUUGUCUUUUGAGGAUCUCCUCACUGAUCUGUCAGCAGAGUGUGAAGACCUGGUGCUCGAAGACGUUCUGGAAAAUGGUUUUGUACAUAAGGGGAUAACUCAAGCAGCAAAUUACAUCUACAGAAGGCUAAUAAAUGAUGGCAUUUUAAACCAGGCUUUCACCAUUGCUCCUGAAUAUAAACUAGUUGUAGUUGGUCACAGUUUAGGUGGUGGAACAGCUUCCAUAUUGGCCAUCAUGCUCAGAAACUCCUUCCCAACAUUAAGAUGUUAUGCCUUUUCUCCUCCAGGAGGAUUGUUAAGCAAAUCACUUGCAGACUACUCUAAAUGCUUCAUUGUGUCAGUCAUUGUUGGAAAGGACCUUGUUGCAAGGUUAAGUAUGCCCAGCAUGGAAGACCUGAAGAGAAGGAUAGUGAGAAUAGUUGCUAAUUGUAACAGACCGAAGUACCAGAUCCUGCUGUAUGGGUGUUGGUAUGAAGUGUUCGGAGGAGAUCCAGAUAACUUCCCAACUGAGUUAGAUGGUAGAAAUCAAGAUGCCCUAACCCAGCCUCUUCUAGCUGAACAGAGUUUAAUGAUGCAUCGGUCACCUUCCUACAAUGCCCUUGAGGAUGAAUCUCCUUUAAAUUCUCCACCUCAGUAUCCUCAUCUUUAUCUCCCAGGAAAAAUCAUCCAUAUUGUAGAAGAAGCCAGCUCAAGAAGGUGGUGUUCUUCUGAUGUUAAAUAUACUGCAAGAUGGUCAAAAGAAACAGCCUUUAGCAAUAUUUUAAUAAGUCCCAAGAUGAUAACGGAUCACAUGCCAGAUGUUGUGCUCAAAGCCUUGAACAGCUUGACUGAGGAAAAAGCAUCUUGUAUUACCUGUCAAAUAGAAGGAGACUUUCACACCAACAUCGUAUAACUAUAGCUCUAAGAGAAUAGCUCUGGUUUUUUUUCUGUAAGCUUCAAGGAUUCUAGGAGCCUUUAACCUCAGACUUAAGUGGUGGUGUGGUUUUUUUUUUUGUUUUUAACAUGCCUAAAAUAGAAACUGGAGAGGCAUUGUCUUGGUCACUGUCAUAAUGCAAAAUGCAUUUUACUCUGCAGAGGUAAACAUUACUGGCUAAGUGUAAGAAAAUGGUUAAAAUGAAUGUAUUCAGAAUUUUGACAGAAGCAGAUAUGACCUUUCUGGAAAUGGAACAGUAAGAUGAGUCUUAGCCAGUUACAUGUAAACUACUGUACCUUUCCAUUUUACAGCUGGAAGGAUUCAGAUAAACUGAGAACAAUUCAUAGGAAGAUAAUUGAGCUAGAGCAGAGGAACCAUGACACAAAUUCUAAUUCCAGCUCUGUCAUAGACUUGCUAUAUUACCUUGCAUAUGUCACUUAACUUCCAUUGUGCCUCAGUUUCACAACUGUAAAAUGAGGGUAUUACCCAUCUUAGCAAAGUACUGAGAUUCUUGGGUGAAAGGUGCUAUGUAAAAGCACAGAAUUAAUAUUUAUUAGAAAUGGACACUCCCAGUAGGAAGUUUCAUUAAAGGAAAUUGGGUAGUAAAUGAUGGUGCAGUUGCAAAUCUAGUGCAAAGAGAGAGGGUUAAAAAAAUAAAUGAACUUUUGUAUUUAAA